AUGGAAGUCAGAUUGCGCUCGAUAAAAUGCUUUGUCCGUAAUGGAGUCUGCAAACUUGCGUGGUUCUUACUUGCUCAAGAAAAAGUUUUUUAGUUAGAGUCCUCAGCUCUCUUGCAAGAGAGAUUGCGGACAAGUUACUUUAGAAAAAAGGUGACCGAAUUGAACUUUACUUUGCAGUUCCGGAAAAAACAACAGAUCGGAUGUUAUUCAAAAUCAAUGAAUGUGUUAAUUCUUUCGACAUUUCAGCUGUAUUUCAGCUUUUAGAAAGGCUAUCAGGAAAAAAUUGUACUUCGUCUGCACUAAGACUUUUGGAGAUGAGAAACUCAUCAAAAAAAUUGAAAAAAAUUAUUAAUAAUAAAAACCGUCAAAUCAAUUGGUUUUUUUAUAGCUUUUUAAUUAAAUUAACACACGUUCUCCGAGAAAAGCGAUGAACCGUUGGUACAAGAAUUUCAUGUUUUUGUUUUGAGAGUUGAAAUUAUUAUCAUAGUUACUAGACAUAGUGUGUAAACUUUUAGACAAUUUAAAAAUUGAUUCUGUAAUCAUUCUUUGUGAAAUUUUUCUUCCCGAAGAAAACUUCAAAUUUUUAUAAUGCCUGCCUUGCUUCCAUAGUAUAUCGGUCAACAAAGGGCACCAAACGCUGGUGUGGGGGUACCGGAAGCUCCGCCUCUUUUCGGACUAACAGACUUGUUAUUAUUAGGAAGCACCUUAUUUUUCUUCGCCCUGACGCGAAUCAAGCACUUUGUUCGCUUGAAAAACGACAGAUCAUAUUUACCCAAGUCCUUCAAGUCAACAAACGCUAUUCGUUUAAAACUACUUGUCAAAAGCUUCAUGUAGACGUGCAACUGUCAUGGUUCUACCAAGCCGAACUAUUAUUCUGUUCUUUUUUUUAUUUGUUUUAAGUCAAACAGCUGCGUUUUUCAAUUGCUCUAGGCCGAAGCCAACAAGGUCAGUCACUUGAUACUACAGUUUUUGGUUACGAACGGGGAGAAUUUAAAAAAAAAGAAAUGAAUUUCUAGGUCCUAUCUGCGAAAACUGCUCGAUCAAGCCGAUUUCGUGGCUACUGCUACCGUCCUUGACAUUUACUUCGACGCAGACAAACUUUCUAUAGACGUGAGAUCUCCUAUUUCUUAAAACUUUACAAUAAAAUCUGGAGUAGGUUGGAAACAUAUUAUUUAGGGAGCAAAUAAACUGCAACCUAAAAAAAAGUUAAUUUUCAGCGCUUGAAAAUUCUCAUCCGGCGCCCCUACAAAAGACGUGAAUUGCUUGAGAGCCAUUUGGAAAUAGACGUUUAUGGCAUUGUUGAAGUUGAGGUAGGAGUUUUUUCGGUUCUUUCCGAAAUAAUAAAAGAAACCGGGAGCCAUCGAGAAAUGAUCAAGUACCCAUGUCUUUGAAGCCAUGCGCACAUCGUCUAUUCACAUCCGACACAAAAAUUUUCUCUCUGAGGAUGUCAGGAGGAAAAUUUUAUCUCGAAGCGCCGCCAAUCAACCUGAACCUAGCAGUUCUCGACAAUCUUCACGCUCUUUCCACAGGUUCGUGGAAAAAAGCAGAGCUACUGCCGAACAUGCGGGAACAGGUGUUGCAAAAGAUAAUUAGCCAGUGAGCGCAAGAGCCAUGGCUGUUUUGUCUCUUUGUCAAAGUCAUAUGCUCAUCUAUAGUGUCAAUGAACAACAGUUGCAGGGCGAGCACAGCGGAAACGUCGCAAAAUUGAUGCCAGUGAGAUUUUUUAUUAGGAAAAAUUAUAAAAAAAAUUUUAGAUUCUCAUAAUUAUGGCGAGUUCAAUGGAAAAACGAAGCAUUUUUUCAAACUUAAAAAAGUAUUAAUGGAAGCGCUGAUAUCGCUAAAGAACGAAUUUAGCUUUUUCGUUGAAGUCGUCAUGCCAUGUUCAAAGUAACUCCGCAAAUGCAAAAUAACCGCCAGAGAAUGAAAAAGCCAACUUAAUUUUUAGAAAUUCAGAGAUAAUUUUUGGUUUCCUCUUAUUCACUUUGAACACGGCAAAAAAAUAAAAAUAAAAUGUUUUUAUAUAAUUCUUAUCAUUAUAAUAUCAUAUAAUCAUUAUAAUGAUAAGAAAUCAAAAAAUAAAUGAAUAAAAAUCUCCUUCGGCAAUAAGUGCUCUAGCGCACCGAAAACGCUUCAAUUGAAGUCUUAAGACUCAUUCAUUAUAACUCCUAUUCAAAAUAAUUUUUUAGCAUCAACUUUUUCAAUUUUUGAAUGUCGCAUUUGUUUCUCAUUUAGGUUUUUAUCAUAUAAAAUAGUUCUUAUUAAGAGAAAAGGAGAGCCCAUCAGCAUUUACAGUUUUUUUUUCAUUUUUUUUCUAAUACUCUUUAAUUUUGUUUCGCCGUUUUCAGCUUUUUUGAUUUCAUCACAUUUUCCAACAUUUUCAAAAAGCCUAAUUAGUUUCUUUGAACUGACUAGUAAACAAAAUACUACGGCGCUUUCAAUAUUCACUCGCUUAUUUGUGUUUCAGCCCACUGCGAGUCUUCAUUGUGUCCACUGGGCUCUAAAUGCGUUCGUUCCACGUGAGUUUCAAGUAAUUUUGUUGAAUGAAAGAGUACUGAAGGGGAGAAUGCGUUUGCAAGAAAACUUGCCGGACGAAGGGACCGCCGGUCUGUGGCUCCGACGGCGUCUCGUAUGCGUCCUUCUGUCACCUAGCUGUCAGAUACUGCGCCCUGAGACAUUCUGGAGAAGGUCCGAGACUCCGAUUCCGUGGACGAGGACUUUGUGGUUAGUUUUUUUUUUUUUUGAUUUUUUUAAUGAACUGUGACAGACAAGGCGCUUAAAAUUUUUUGCCAACUAAUGUAUUUUUUUUUGCCGUCUCUCAAAACGUUUGAUUAUUUUACAGCUUCGGCCAUGAUAUUUUUUUUUAAAAGACAAGCCUUUUCUUUAAGAAAAAGUAGUGUUUGAAUAUUUUGAAUAAAAUUUCAAUUGUAGUUUCUUCUCUUUUUUUGAAUCUAUUUGUUUAAAAAAAAGCUUUUUUCCUUUGUUCUAGAAUAUAAUAUAAUAUUCAAAGAAAAGUUUUUUUGCAAGAUUUUCUGUUUUGAACAGCAGAUCUCUAUAUAUUUUAAUUACUUCCUCAUAUGAAAAGAUCAAAGACGUUCAUUUCUUUAUUGUUCGAUUAAUUGCGAAGAUAACCCAGCAGCUAGAAAAAACAGCCAUAAAAGGUACACGGCGUACGAGGCGGAUAUAUAAACAGAGAAGAUUUGCCGUUGGGCUCUCACGUUGUCAGUGACCGUGUUGCCGGCACCUGCGUCUCCAAACAACUUUCCGUUUGGGAACUUCUUCGAGAUGCAUGCAAAUGGAGAUUGUUGGGCGAAGCUUGUGUUUUGAGAACAACUUUUUCUGAACAAUUUUUUUGGGGCAAAGAUCCCAAUUUUUUUAGUCCAGAAGCAAUGAACUCAACUUCGUUCGACUUGCUAGAAUUUCAUAAAACAGAACUGAUUUUAUUGUGCUGCUCAUAGAAAAUCUCCACAGUUGAGCAGCAAAUUCUGAAGGAUUUAGUUUAAGAUGAGGGGAAAUCGGGCAGAAAUCUUGAGAGGGUAGAGAGAAGCCGUUUGGAAAUUCAAUUGACGCUCUAUGGGCUGAAUUUGCGGCUCUCUCACACGUUCAAUGAACGAAAUCUGAGAAUUUUGGAACUCUCGAUUAUUUUAGAUGCUCCUUGUGACCAUCUUAUUCUGUUUACUCAAUCUUUUCACCGAAGGCUGUUACCGAUUUCCCAAAAGUCUUCGUGAGUGUGUCCGUUUCAUUGCAAAAAAGUUUCAAUGACUUUUGUCCUUUAUUUCCUCUGAAAAGUGUGCAGCAAAUAUCAUUUCUGUGACCAUUCAGCUUGUGAAAUUAAUAGAAUAAGGGAUGCUUGUUUUUUUUUUUUCAAUUCCGUGUAUUUUCUUCACUCGAACUGGUAGCUCUCUCAAUCGGCCGAGGCUACCCUAGAGUGUACACGGCGUCCGUGCCCGAGCCCCACCAUCACCGCCGUGCCCGUACCCGCGAAACUGAGGAAUCUACUUGUGGAAGAACGAGGCCGUAAGACCAUGCUUUCAAUUCAAUCGACUACAAGUUUUGACUUCUUUUCCGCCAAAGGCGGUGUUAGUGCCGCUCAAAAGAGCAAUUUUUUCACCGCCUAGUCGAUUCCAUCGGACUAAAACAACCAAUAAAUAUUGAUGAUUGAUGAUGAUGAAUUAUUUAGUUACCGAUUUUGUCUUCCAGGAGGGGUAAAAAAAAGCUUUCAAAUUGCGUUAGCAACAACAGUUGAAGUCCAAGAUGUGUUAUAAAAAUUUGAAGCAUGAUUAUUGAUCUAGUUUUCUUUAUACAAGUGAUCCAGAAGCGCCUGGACGGGCUGACUAGGGAAUCGUCUCAGUUCACAAUGAGACUUCUGAAUGAGUCUAGAACACUGAUUUAGUUUUUUACACGGGUUACGAAUUUCUCGUCAAGUUGCCAUCUAAGUCUGCGAAAAAAAAAACGGGCUCUCAAAAGUCAAAAACUACAAUAACUACUUCCAGUUUUCUCAUUCAAAAGUCCUACUGUGAGCUAAGUUCAUUCCUUGGUCACUGUUAGAGAUGCUGGAGUAAGACAUAGUUGAAACCUCGGAACUCAUAUCGCAGAGUUCCAAGAGCUCUAGAUUCUUAAAAAUAAAUGAAUUUCUUCAGAGAAACGUAAUCCAUGUGAUGACGUGCACUGCGCGCCUGGCGAACAAUGCGUCGUCACUCAGAGUUCUUCUGUGCUCACCGCCAAAUGCAUAUGUCCGGAAGAGUGUCCCAACUACGGGGAUUCUGGUUUGCGAUUCAGUUGUGUUUCAUUCAAAGUGUAAGCCCUUAAGUGGAGUCUUCGGCUGUCUGCUCGACCCAUGGCGUCGACUAUCCCUCUUUGUGUCAUCUCCGACAUCACGCCUGCGAAUCCAAGUCCAACAUCACCUUGAAGUUUCAUGGGAGAUGUGGUGGGUUUUGUUAAAAAGCAACCUUUGUUCUUUUUGAACUAAACACCUUACUUUAGUAUAGUUAUGAAGAUGUUUCAUCACUUUUUUUAUCUAUAUAAAGUGAAAUUUGUUUCCUUCAAAAGAAAAAAAAAACAGAAAAUCUCAGUCCCUUUUUUAUUUUUUUACAAAUUCGUAUUGGAUUUAACAUAUUUUUUUUCAACACACCUUCGUAGCACUCAUGAAAUUUCAUAAGAUAAACUAAUGAAAAAUAUUUCCAAACAAAAAAACGAUAGUUGUUUCUCGAUUUUUUUCACGAGUACAGGUUUUUUGGCUAGAGGCUACAAAAAUGAAGAAGUAAUCUUCUUAAUUUUAUUCACGAGGGCUACAGAUCCUUGCAACGGUCACAAGUGUCCGAGCGGACUGUCGUGUCACGUCGGCGUCGACCGGAGACCGGAGUGUCGAUGCAACGAACAGUGUCCCCUCGACCUGAAGCCUGUCUGCGCCACCGACGGCCACACGUCCGUUUUUCUCGCCUUUUCAACGUUCACACCUGAUUUCAGUUACACGAACGAGUGUGUGAUGCGCACGGCCGCCUGCAAAGAAGAACGAGGUAUUGACGUCUGGAAGGAAGGCAAAUGCGAAGGUAGGGCGAUGAGCAUCCCCAUAAAUAUUCCGUCUUGCGAAAGUAGCCCCUUCCGAAAUUUCUAAUCCAAAGAUUUUCGGCUUGCUUGAAAUUUGCAGGCUUUCAAUCGCAAACACUUUUCAGAGCAGAAAAGCCCUUGCCAGAACAUUUCGUGUUCGAUCUGGGCAAACUGCAGAAUUCGGAAUGCUACCCACGCAGAGUGUGAGUGCAACGAGAAGUGCUCCCAAGUGAUGAAGCCAGUUUGUGGAACGGUUCGAGCUUUCCCAAUCGAAAUGAAUUCUCCUAUCGUUCAGGAUCGAGUGACCUACGACAACGAGUGCGAGCUGAAAAGGACGAGCUGUCGCGAGAAACUGACGGUUCGAGUGAAGCACGCUGGCACUUGUGGUGGGCAUCAGACUCAGCAAUUUCCUCAAGGAUUCUUGAAGGAACUGGAGUCUGUUCGACGUUCAACGGCUGCAAAGCGCCGCGCGUCUGCGUCGUAGUCAACGGAAAGCCGAAGUGCGCUUGUCCGAAAUGCUCAGAUCAGCUGAUGGAGGUGUCCUCGCCUUGACUCUUUGAAAGGAAUCUUCUCUGUAGGUGUGCGGCAGCGAUGGAAGGACCUACCCCAACGAGUGCAAACUCCGCCGUGCAGCGUGUCUCUCUUCGCGCAAGGUCUUCGUCAAGUACAACCACAUUUGUGGCACGUUCAAAUCAUUUGUCUUGCAUAAGUUUUUCCUUUUUAUAGAAGGGUGCGCUAACAAAAAAUGUGAGUUUUAUUCGAGCUGUGUGGCGAAUGGAGAAGGUCCACCCGAAUGCAAAUGUCCGGAGCAUUGCCCGAAGAUCUCGGAAGUGGCACAAUUAGAUGGACCUCACGUGAGUAUUGGCCAAUAAAAAGAGCUCAAAAUAAAGUUGGCUUGAAAGGGCCAAAGGCGUUUCAAAGAAAAUCUGGAAGUCGCAUUUUAAGAAUGAUCAAAUUCUCAAAAGUUUUCGAUCAUAUUUUACUUCCGAUCAUCUAGGGUCGUUUAAAAGGAAGCAGGGAAUUCUUUCUUGUCCUGAUUUUCGUUUUUGUAGUGUUUUUGGUGACCGAAAAUCAAAGAAAAAAAAAAAAAAAGUGAAAAUGAAUAUAUUUUUUAUUCCAACAAUGAGAUUAUUGAAAAGCAAAGACCGUUUUUUUAGAGAGGAAAAACAUCUGAUAGAUCAUUUUCAGAAACACUUCUUGUGUUUGAAAUUAAAUUUUGAAAAAUUAAUUUCAAAGAGUGAUUUUUUUUUUUCAAAGUAUGAAGCCAGUUAUACGUUAAUUUUUGAGUUUCAUAUAAGUUUCUGUGCUGCUUUUGGUAAAACCAUGAACAUCUCUGUAAAUGCAGAAGGGGGAGGUAUGCGGCACCGACGGGGUGACUUAUUCCUCUGAGUGUCACCUUCGCCGUAGCUCGUGCCAACAGAAGAAGUUCAUUGUCGUCGCUUUCGAAGGCAAAUGCGGUAAGGUGGAAGGAAGAUCUUGCGCAAAGUUUGAGGCUCAGACGCGUGUCUUCACGUUCAGUGUCGGUACGGCGAGGAGUGCCGCGGAGGCGUCUGCGCCUGUACCUACAGUUGUCCCCGAGACCCGCAUCCUUCUGCGCAGAUCUGCGGCGAAAACGGGGUUUAGAAUCCAGAAAAAAAACAAGAAGUUUCGAGUGGUUUCAGGUGAUGUACCCAUCGGAAUGUCACAUGCAGUUGGCUGCCUGCAAAAAAGGGACUCUCAUCGCCGAAAUGCCAUUGGCCCAUUGCCAUGCUUCUACUGCCACUUUUCCAGGUUUCAGUUCUUUUUUCUCUUAUUUCUUUUAUGCUGUUGACUUUUCUCUUUAAUUUUCUUCUUACUUCUUCUUGUAGUUUCAUAACAUCUUUUCCUGUCCUACUUUUUUUUUCUACUGUGGAUCGCACGCACCAAUCCUCACUAUGUAGCGAUUAACUGAGAAAUCAAGAAACCCUAGAAUCAACAGCUAGGAGACAUUGUGUGAUCGGAGCUUGCAACUCUUACGGCUCCACUUGCAACGUCGACGAUUGCCGUUGUGCCGUUUGCAAUCUCUCUUUACCGUACCCGAUUUGCGGAAACGACGGCGUCAUAUACCGUAACCAAUGUCAUCUGAAUACGAUAGCUUGUCGUGAUCAACGAGAAAUACUCGUGCUGCCUUUGCUCGCCGACUGUCGAAAAAAUGAGGGUCAGCUCUAGAUCGAUCUUAAAGAAGAUUCUAGAAAUAUUGAGAAUAAAACGUAUGGUGUAGAACUGCGCUUAGUUUACUUAUAUAUGUGAUAGUCGUGGUCUUGGAGUGCAACAAGGAGAGAUUUGAGAGUGAUUCGAAGACAUUUCAACGGACAUCAGUCUACUCCGAUGAGUUGAUAAGCAAACUGUGAUUGAACUCUUUAAAGAACUGAAUGCUCUGUAAUUUUUGAAUUUUGACGGAAAAAAAGCUUCAAACGUUUUGGCAGUUUUGAUUUUGAAGUUUUCUCUUCGAAAAAUAGAAUCUUUCGGUAGUUUUUUAUCAACAAAUCUUUGAAAAUAAGUUUUAGCCUAUUUUCAGAUAAAUAGUGAACUAAAUGAAGAAAUUCCAAAGAGAUUGCAAUUCGCUCGAUCAUCAAUUUUUCUUAGUUUCUAAUUUUACCUCCUCCAAGUCUUCUUGAAUUAAAGUCACUACUAACUCCCAGAUGUUCAAAUAAGUUUUGAUUUUAUCAACACCCUGAGGUCAGAGGUUGAUUAUUUCUCUUAUUUCUCUGAAAUCAAAUCCUCGUACACUUGUUGAGCUCUUACUUGCCCAGGUAUGUCUGCGCGCCGGCCAGUUCCUUUUUUGGAGUCUCAUUUCAAACGGCAAUGACUUCUAUGACUGAAAUUUUCCCACUAAUCGUUUUUCAAUUAAAGAAUUUUACAUUGAACUGAUGCUUUUUUCCAACAAUUAUGUUUUUUUUCUAAAAAUAACUAUUUCAACACAUACUCUCAACUAGACUAUCUAACAUACUUUAGUUCAACAAAAACACGCUAAAAGUCUUAAAGUCAAGGUUUUUUUUUCAGAUGAAUGUCAGUGCAACAAGAUCGGCUCCUACGGCAAUUCCUGCGACGACUCUGGACAGUGCAAGUGUCGGCCAGGUGUCGGCGGCGUCAAGUGUGACCACUGCCUUCCGGGCUUCUGGGGCAUCCACCUCAUCGCCCAAGGCGCCAUGUCCUGUCGACGUCAGUCUUCGGCUCUUUUCCGAUCUCACUUCAAUGUGUUCUAGCUUGUGGAUGCUCGGCGUUCGGAUCGGCCAGAUCCGACUGCGAACAGACGACUGGCAAGUGUGAAUGUCAAAACGGCGCUCUCGGUGAUAAGUGCAACUUGUAAGUCGCAAAUCUAACUGUUCCAGACUGUUCAAAUUAUUUCUAGAUGUCCACAAGAUACGAUUUUGACUGCGAACGGCUGUGUCCGCUCUUCUGAAUACAAGAUGCCAAGGUUUUUACGCGGACACUAAAGUAAAGAAAAAAUUAAUCUGUAGAGACUGUUCUUCCCAAAAAUGUCACCACGCGGCCAAAUGCGUCCCGUCGCCGGGCGGCCUUCCUGACUGCAUUUGCCCCAACUUCUGCAGUCUUCCUCAUCUGGGCAUUGGUAAGCCAGUAUUCGACAGUCCAGCCAAAUCGUUUAAGCUGGAAACAUGUCGGUUUGUGGCUCCGACGGAAAUACCUACGAGUCGUCCUGUCAGUUACGAGACUUCGCCUGCAAGCAUCAGAUCGACCUCGUUCCAGUUGCUUUGGGCAUUUGUGAAGACGGUGAUUGAAUAAAAACCUUUUCAAUAAGAUACUUUUUCAUUUAAUGAGGUACUAGUGCUCUGACAAUGUUUAUUUUUUAUUUUUCAAUCAAAAAAGCUAGUAAGUCAGACUUUUAAGUUAGACAAAUAGUUUGAGAGAAGAACUUUGUAAGGACGAUGGUUAUAGCAAAUCUCCGUAAUAAAAAUGAUGAAUAUCUGAAAUUAGAAUAUUCUGUUGAUAUUUUCUAUAAGCUAUCUUCUCUUAAAAACGUUUCAAAGAGCUUUUCACUUCUGUCUGAACGGUUUGGACUUAUUUUCAACCAAUGUGGAUAAAUAUUUUUGAUGAAACCAUGAGUUUUCAUUUCAUUCAGACACAUUCGAAGUGCUGGACCGUCUGCAGCGAGAGAAAACUGGGGACGCCGGAGAAAAGAAGCUCGGCUCGUCGUGUUCGACCCACGAAGACUGUGCUCACAUCAACGCCGUCUGCGUGACGAGGCCGGGCCGCAGAAGCAGAUGCGAAUGCGGCGACGGCAGCAGAAGCCAAGGCGGCGUUUGUUUCGUCUCUAAUUCUGGUAGCUCGCACAAGAAUCUCAGAUUUCCCACUUCUACUUUCCAGGAAACGGAUCUCUGAAUCUUCAAAUCGGAGACACUUGCUUCUUUUUAUUGAACCCGGAAGUCACCACUAAGUCCAGUUUUUCAGUAUCGGUGAGUUAAAAUGUAGAUGAAAGGAUUCUUAAUUUUUUUAAAUAUUUUUUAUACUCAACUCUUUCUCCUGAAAAAAAAUUCAAAGACAGUUUAUCUUUUUUUCUGAUGAUGUUCAGGUGCGUUCGAAAGAAUACAAAAAAACCUUCUUGAUCCCAUAUUUCUUGUAUGGAGCACAAUGUUAUCCUAAAAGAUAAAUUUUAUUCAUAAAAUUUCGAAAAAUAAGUUCCUAUCUCCUUUGUGUAAAUGUUACUGUGUGAAAUCUUGGAGGUCGAAAAUAGUUCCGAAAUCAAUUUAUGAACUGGAAAGGAAACGAAGUAGAUCUAUAGACACGCAAAAUUUGAGAGGAUAUCCUAAAUUGAAGCAAAACAAACGAAACGACCUUUUUUUUUCCAACCCAGCCUAAACCCAAAUGGCGCAGAACAAGUCUGCGCCUAAUUACGAUUUAUCGAUUUUUACAAGCUUUUUAGAUUCACAAUAUACCUGCUAAUAGAGUUAUUCGGUACAGAUUGAGCAACUGGAGCCUGGAACGAUUAUGCAAAUGGAGACUGCGAAAAUGGCCGACAGCAUUGUGCUCGAAGCGACGCCGAAGAAGACGCUGCUCCUACGGUGA